GGCGGCGAGGCCGGGCGGGAGGCGGGCUGUCAGCGGACCAAGAUGGAGUUCCUGCUGGGGAACCCGUUCAGCACCCCGGUGGGGCAGAGCCUCGAGAAGGCCACAGACGGCUCCCUGCAGAGUGAAGACUGGACGCUUAACAUGGAAAUAUGUGACAUCAUCAACGAGACAGAAGAAGGGCCCAAGGAUGCCAUCCGAGCCCUGAAGAAGAGGCUGAAUGGAAACAAGAACUACAGAGAGGUGAUGCUGGCUCUAACGGUGCUGGAGACCUGUGUGAAGAAUUGUGGCCACCGCUUCCACGUCCUCGUGGCGAACCGUGACUUCAUCGAUGGCGUGUUGGUGAAGAUCCUCUCUCCCAAGAGCAACCCUCCCACCAUCGUCCAGGACAAGGUUCUGGCGCUGAUUCAGGCCUGGGCGGACGCGUUCCGGAGCAGCCCCGACCUGACUGGGGUGGUGCACAUUUAUGAAGAACUCAAAAGGAAAGGUGUUGAAUUCCCCAUGGCUGAUCUGGAUGCGCUGUCUCCAAUCCACACGCCGCAGAGGAGCGUCCCCGAGGUCGAUCCCGCGGCCAACAUGCCCAGGUCCCAGUCGCAGCAAAGGAUGAGCUCCGGCUCGUACUCGGCUCCUUCUCCAACGGCCUUUGUGACUCCGCAGGCCCCGGCCCUGAACAUGACUGGCCCCAUCACAGCAAAUACGGAGCAGAUCGCCCGGCUGCGCAGCGAGUUGGAUGUCGUCCGUGGGAACACGAAGGUGAUGUCUGAGAUGCUCACAGAAAUGGUCCCAGGACAGGAGGAUCCCUCGGACCUUGAGUUACUGCAGGAGCUGAACCGCACCUGCCGCUCCAUGCAGCAGAGGGUCGUUGAGCUCAUCUCCCGGGUGUCGAAUGAGGAGGUGACGGAAGAGCUGCUCCACGUGAACGAUGACUUGAACAACGUCUUCCUCAGAUACGAGAGGUUUGAACGCUACAGGCUGGGCCGCUCUGCACAGAGUGCGAGCAACGGGGUCCUGGGCGAGGUGAGUGAAGACAACUUGAUAGAUUUGGGCCCUGGCUCCCCGGCAGUGGUCAGCCCCAUGGUUGGAAGCACCACCCCGGCCGCUACGCUGUCCUCCCAACUCGCCGGGCUAGAUCUGGGCACAAACAACGUGAGUGGGACCCUCAGCUCCCUCCAGCCCGCCAACCCCCGCGAUGACUUCGACAUGUUCGCGCAGACGAGAGGCAGCUCGUUGGCGGAUCAGCGCAAGACUGUGACGUACGAGGACCCCCAGGCGGUGAGAGGGCUGGCGUCCGCCCUGGAUGUUCGGAAACACAACUCGGGAGGGAGGAGAGGUAAAGGUGGGAGCUCAGACAUGGAGCCCAUAGACAAGUGGCUAAUGACCCAAGGAAUGAUUCCCGUCACACAGUCCUCUGUCAUGGAUGACAUUGAGGAGUGGCUGAGUACAGACGUGAAAGGAGAUGAACUCGAAGAAGGAGUGACGAGCGAAGAGUUUGACAAGUUCUUAGAAGAACGCGCCAAAGCUGCUGAACGGAUCCCCAACCUGCCCUCGCCGCCUCAGGAGGAGCCCACACCACUGACGACAAACCCGCCCAGCAAAAAGAAGCCUGAGCGCUCGGAGGACGCCCUCUUCGCGCUGUAACGCCCCUCCUGCUGCGCUCCGUGUGUGGAGGGACACGGCCGUGCAGUCGAGCGGUCCUCGUGCUUUCCGGCUCCAACGAGUCCCCGGUCCUUCCUGGGCAUCAUAGAUGGCCUCUCAUCUCUCUCGGAAGCGAUCCAGCCCCGAUCAGCUCCCUUUUGAAAGUUUCUUUCUGCCCAGCCCUGUCACUCCGGCGGCUGUCCUUUCGCACCUGCUUCACUCCACUUUCACGUCCCAGGCUGGGAAUGCUCCUUUUCCGUACUGUCUUAAAUGCAUGGACGCUCUCUCCCCCUGCGCCCCGAUACAGAAAGAAACCCAUCCGGGCUUUGGUUGAGGUGGAUGCCGCGUUCUCCGCCAAGCUGGUCCAAAGCACGCGGACGCUCGGAGAGUCUCGGAUAACAGCCGAGCUUGUCUUUGCUCUUGUGGCCUAGGGAGCCCACCCAGCUCUCGCUGCCUCGCUGUUGGUCCAGUGCAAGAGAAACCCUUCCCCUGGCAGGGACCCCUCCAGUCGGAGGUCCAGUGUGUCCCCCUGGGCUUCUGCCCCUCCUCAGGGGCAGGGGUGGGCUGCUUGCCGCCCUUCAGAUAUUUCCGCCUAGAACUGCAGCUUUCCUUCCCUCGUGCUUUCGGGGGCCUUUUACAUUCCCCUCAUGUCCCCUCUCAAGGGCCGCCCUUCCCACGGCUUCCUCGCCAGCCUCCUUCCGGGCAUCAGCUGCUGAACUGCAAAUGCGUCUCGACCGGUUGUCCCUUUGCCAGCGGGCCCGCCUCCCGCCUCCCGGCCCUUCCUUGCCCUCCCAUUACCUUGGCUUGUGCUUGCGCUUGUGCUUGCGCUUCGCUUCGAGAAAGAGAAAGAGGUCAGCUAUCAUCCGGGGGGGUCGAGGGGCGGGGAGGGGGCAUCUCAUGCUGGUGAGACGUAAACCGCGAGGACCUGGGAAUCCCCGUAGGAAGUGUCUCCCCUGUGUGAAUGAUCUCUAAGCGACACUAAAACAGCCCCCCCAACGGUGGCGACAGGCUGGGGAAGGCUGCACGAAAUUCUGGGUGGGGUCCGUUCCGGAGACCUUUCCGCUGCGGCUGAAAAUAUUUAUUGGUGUCCCGACUCAGUGGGGAAGGCUUCUCUGCAGGACCCCCCGCUGAAGUGUGUGUGUGGGGGGGCGUCCUCCGGUGCCCCGCUGGUUCAGAGCAGGUGCGGGAGGCCUUCCUGCUGGAUCGGGCCUGUCAUCACUGCCUCCACCCCCCCUUUCUUUCCCCAGCCCUUCGAUAAUGCGUCUGCAUGCCGAGGCAUCACACAGGGAGACGAUGCUCCCCGUGUAAACUAUAUUCCGUGUGGCAGGUGUGUCCCCAUCCCCGUUACCUUAUUUUAAAGCAUCUGCAGGAUACAGAUCUGUCCAGGAGAAAUAGGUCACAGACUCUGGAAUGUAUAUGGCAAUGACUAAGGAAGGGGGGUGGUCCAUGGCACGGGCCAUCAAGCCUUCCCCCAGGCCAGAUCGCCCCCGCGUGCUGGCUGGGCCGGUGGGGUUGGAGCCCCACACGUCCGGAGGGCCACCUCAGGGUGGGAAGGGCAGCUCCCGGCCGAGCCCGGCCACGCAGCCUCCGGAGUCCUUUUCCGUCUCUCUCUCCGUCUGGGGAAGGACGUUGGCUCUCGAGCAAAGAGUUGAGGAGUGGCGCUGUCCUCUUCCCGGGCAGGCCGGGCAGCCACGUUCCCGUCUGCGCCCGCGUGGGAGACCGUUGUCCCUCAGCUCGCCACAGCCCCUUUCUCCCGGCCCCAGCCUCCAGGCCCAGGCGAGCGCCAGACCGGGCAGGCUGUCUCGGGGCAGCCGCGCCCCUCCCCGCCGCUGUGCCGGGCGGGCGGGGGGCAGCGCGAGUGCCCAGCCUGGGCAAGGGGGGACGGAGGAACCGUGGUGGAGCUGGGGAGGCCAGGCCAGCCUCCCCUGCUCCAAGGAGGCCGGCUGGGGCCCAGCACCUCGCUGGCACGCGGCGGGUCCCAGGCAAGAGGAAGCCUUUCCUGAGCUCGCAUGGCCGCCCCGUCUGCCUGGAUGCGCACUGCGAGGAAGCCCCUCUGCUGCUGGUGCCAGCGGCUCUCCCAGAGCCCCUUAACUGACCAAGAGCACUUGCACACCCUGAAUGCGGAGAGAUGCCUCGCGACACCCUCCCUGUUGAGUCUCCUGACCAACCGGCCCUUCCAAGGCUGCGCCUCCUGGCGGGUUUUUCCUGGGCGAGGGAGGGGGCAGUGGGAGGAAAGGGCCAUGGCGGCCAAGCCGGGCGCGUUCCCCUGCAGUGGCCCGGGCACGUGCGCGUCUCCACCGAGCACCGCGGAACGCAGGUGCCCGAUGGGACCCUCCAGCACGCAGUUCGCCUCCGUGCGGCUCUCCUGGGAGACCGCAGGCCAAGCCCCGGCCGAGAGCAGCGCCGCCAAAUGCUGGCUUCACGCGCUCCAGAAGGGUUGGCCCAGGCCGGCUUGGAGGGGCACCGGACGGUCCCUGCCACCCUCGGCGGGACGCUGCCCCUCCUGCAGCCUCCCCAGGUACGGCACCUGCAGCAGGAGCAGACGCACCUGAGCAGCUGAGACCUCCGUGAAGCGCCUUGCUUCGAAACGCCCGCCCGUUCCAUGCGGUGCUUCCGAAGCUGAGGCAAGCCGAGGUGGUCUGGAUCGCUUCGAAGGACGGGCGGUCCUGGGCCGUCUGCCCCACUCCCAUCCCCUGCCCCCACCAUUCCUCCGUAGGAAGCCGACGUGUCUGCAGGCAUCUUCCGUAGUGAGUUUUUAAGUCGCACACGCUCCUUUUCAGCCCCAGCUGCUAACUGCAACUCAUCCCCCACCUCCCCACCGUAACCUGUGUCAUAGCAGCCUCGGCUGUGUAUUUAAAAAGUCUAGGUGUGUCCAGAUAAAAAGUGGAUAAUAUUUAUUUACUGAAAAUAUUCAUGUUUUUGUUUUCGUUUGCGGGGAGAAGGUUGGAGGGCAGGGAAAGGGAAUUGUUUAAAAAAUGUAAAAACAGCUAUGUAUAAAUAAGAAUUCUUAAAUGCCUUUAAAACUGUCUUCUCUCUUUCCUGGCUUCUCUCUUUCCUUAGUAGUGAUGGUGUCUGAAACCUGCUGGUUUUUGCAUAAAGAUGUUACUAAUUAAGCUGCCAUCACUUAACCCUCAUUCCAGAAGUCAUCUGCCUGUGUGUGUAUGUGCGUGUGCGUGCGUGCGUGUGUGUGUGUCUCUGUACAUUUUUUUUUGUCCUUGCAUGUGAAAAUACUCCAAUAAAAUAUCAUCAGUGCAACCUGCAGCGUGA